CACAAAAACUUUCCGGAACAAUAAAAUACUUAUACAUUAUUAAUUUUCUAAGUAUUUCUCUCCAAGUUUAUUUCUAUACAAAUAAAUCAGAAAAGAAAAUACAAAAUUAUUUUCCGGAAACACACACACACCUUUUAAUUAAUUAAUGAGUAAUUAAUUUUAUUUUAAAAACAGAGCAAUCAGAAUCCGACAAACGACAUUCAUCUGCGUCAAUUCCCCCACUCUCUAAUUUAUCAAAUUAUUCACCAAAAGAGGUGAAAGAACAGGAAAAAGAAGAAGAAAUUUUAAAACAAGAAGAAGAGUCAUCAUUAAAAUCGUCAUCUUGUUCUUCUUCUGCUGGUGAAAUCACUGACGGUCAAAUAAAAGAAGAAGAAAAUUUAAAAAAUAAAAAUAAUGUCGAAAAUAGCUGUGAUAGUAAGGAAAAAAAUUUAAUUGACGAAGAAAUUAACGACAAAAAUAAAGAAAACACAAAUAAUUCUGAUUUUAAUAAAUUAACUAAUAAAUUGGCAACACCAGAAUUUGUUGCUACAGGAAGCUUGGAAAAAGAAAAAACCAAAACACAUCCAUUUAAAUUGCUCAAGUUGUGUAUAAAAGCAAUGAUACCCAAACAAAAACUCGAGUCAAACAGCGGUGAUCCUGUUAAGGAAAAUACAAAGAAAGGAAGGAAAGAAGAGCAUAGAAUUGUUAAGGCGAAUGACAGGGAAUUUAAUGCUCAAUUUAAAUAUGCGGACAAUUUUAUCAAAACAUCCAAAUAUUCACUGCUCACUUUUGUCCCAGUCAAUUUAUUUCAACAAUUUACCCGAAUUGCUAAUUUUUAUUUUCUUGUUUUGCUAUGUCUUCAAUGCAUUCCUCAAAUAAGUUCUGUAAAUUGGGUAUAUACUUUAGUGCCUCUUAGUUUUGUGCUCCUUUGUAGUGCCAUUAAAGAUGGUUACGAUGAUUUGCAAAGGCAUCGUAAUGACCGUAUAGUAAAUCAAAGGGUAGCUUAUGUUCUACGUUACAACACAAAAAGAGGAAAGAUUGAUAUUUGUGAAGAAGAAUGGAUGCAUGUAAAAGUUGGUGAUAUUGUCCGUAUGGAGAGUGGGGAUUUUAUUGCAGCUGAUCUUUUAUUGUUAUCCACAUCAGAUUCAGGCAUUUGUUAUAUCGAAACAGCCGAAUUGGACGGCGAAACUAAUUUAAAGACAAGAAUGGCGUUGCCGUGUACAACUGAAAUGGGGGACAUAAUUGAUAAAAUAUAUGAAUUUGAUGGUUUAAUAGUCUGUGAACCACCCAACAACCGAUUAGACCAAUUUAAUGGCAGACUUGAAUGGUUAGGACAAAAAUACAAUUUGGAUAACAAUAAUAUGUUGUUGCGUGGAUGUUGUUUAAGAAAUACUAGAUUUUGUUAUGGGGUUGUUGUAUUUGCUGGUGCUGAUACUAAAUUAAUGCAAAACAGUGGAGAAUCGCCUUUAAAGAGGACUAGUUUGGAUAAAUUCUUGAAUAUCCUGAUACUUGGGAUUGUUCUGUUUCUCUUUGUUUGCACUUUAAUUUGUACUUUAAUGACUGGAUUUUGGGAACAAAUUGUGGGCAGACAUUUUCGUGUAUUUCUGCCUUGGGAUGAAAUUGUUCCUCGAAUAAAGAAUUUAACGACAGUUCAAUUACCUGUUGUACAAGGAGUUACUUCUUUUUCGGGAGAUGAUUCUGGUGCAGAGGAGAGGGCUAUUGCCCCCUCUCAAGUUUUGUUUAUUGUUGCUUUACAAUUUUUCUCUUAUAUUAUUUUGUUAAAUACUGUUGUGCCUAUAUCUCUAUAUAUCAGUGUUGAAAUGAUUCGUCUAGCCCAUUCAAAGUUUAUUAACAGCGAUUUAAAAAUGUAUGACCCAAAAACUGAUACUCCAGCAAAUGCUAGAACGAGUACUUUAAAUGAAGAAUUGGGACAAGUUCAAUAUGUUUUUAGCGAUAAAACUGGAACUUUGACUCAGAACGUUAUGGUUUUCAAAAAAUGUUCAAUAAAUGGACGCAGCUACGGCGACUUUCGAAAUGAAAGGGGGGAUGUAAUUGAAAAUAUUGAUGAAAAUACACUUCCAGGAAUUGACUUUUCUUUCAACCGGUGGCACGAAAAGAAUUUUAAAUUUUAUGACAAAACUUUGCUUAUUGAUACUGUGGACGGGUUGAAGGAGGUACAAGAAUUUUGGCGUUUACUGGCCAUUUGUCACACUGUUAUGCCUGAAGGAAAAGGAGACGUACUUGAAUAUCAAGCCCAAAGUCCGGAUGAGGCAGCCCUCACAUCUGCAGCUCGCAACUUUGGAUUUGUCUUUAGAAGGAGAACACCACAAACUAUAACGUUGGAAGUUAAUGGACGGACAGAGGUAUUUUAA